AUGCCUGAUGUUAAACGGAAUAUCCGACUAGUCACUGAACAGCAUGUUGUGAACAAAGACUCGGGCGUUGAAGGGUUCCCUCUCCGAUCGUGGUCGAUUGAGAUCUACGUCGUCAAUGAUCACGGAGAACAAGUUGCGGCAAAUGUUUUCGACAAGGUGACAUACACAUUGCAUCCUAGUUUCGGCGAUCGAGCUAUUCAAACGUUCAAGAGCCCUCCAUUCAGAAUCCAGGAGGAAGGAUGGGGUGAAUUCGACCUGCAGAUUGGCCUCACUGCCGCUGACAAGGAGCACUACGUGACACAUGACCUGAACUUUGCGCAGACGCGCUAUGAAUCCAAACAUGUCAUUACAUUUAAAAACCCCAAGCCUGCUUUAUUGGCUUUGCUUCGUGAAUCUGGCCCCGUCCCCGGGGACGAGAAUGGUGUGAAAUCCAAGCGUUCCGUAGGAGCCGACGAAGGAUCCAAGAAGAAGAAACGGACAGAAAAGAAUGUCGACAUGGAUAAACUUGCCGACGGCCUCCAGAAACUUGGGGAAGACGACCUUCUGCAGGUGGUGCAGAUGGUGCACGACAAUAAGGCACCAGACUCGUAUACCAAGAAUGAUGUUGAGCAGGGCGAAUUCCAUGUCGACCUUUAUACCCUACCGGAUAAUCUAAUCAAGAUGCUGUGGGAUUUCACGCAAGAGAAGGGUGCUCUGUGA